UUUGUUUGAGAGAGUAUGAUCAAAGUAUUGGCGGUGUCGUAUCCUAUAAACCCGCCGUGUCCGUACGGUGUCCAUAACUGGACUAGCAGUAGAUUUCCUCAUGUAAAGCCUAAGCUCAACUCCAGAUCAUGGCGAUCCAGAGCCUCCUCCGAUGCCGACUCUCCUUCCUCUUCUUCUUCUUCUUUUGCUCCUUCCAUCGACUCCGAUUCUACUGACAAAAACGCCAUCGGAUUCUGUAUAAUAGAAGGGCCUGAAACGGUCCAAGAUUUCGCCAAAAUGGAACUGCAAGAAAUUCAAGACAACAUUCGGAGUCGUCGCAACAAAAUCUUCUCGCACAUGGAGGAGGUGCGUAGGCUGAGAAUACAACAGAGGAUUAGAAAUGCAGAGCUUGGAAUUUUAAAGGAAGUGCAAGAGAAUGAACUUCCUAAUUUUCCAUCAUUCAUUCCAUUCUUGCCUCCUUUGACUUCAGAAAACCUUAAACAGUAUUAUGCCUCAUGUUUUUCUCUUAUUGCCGGGAUUAUCAUUUUUGGGGGCCUUCUAGCACCCACUUUGGAGCUUAAGCUGGGAAUUGGAGGCACAUCAUAUGAAGAUUUUAUCCGAAGCAUGCAUCUACCAAUGCAGUUGAGUCAGGUUGAUCCCAUUGUAGCAUCAUUCUCUGGAGGAGCAGUUGGAGUGAUCUCAGCAUUGAUGGUGGUUGAAAUAAACAAUGUAAAACAACAGGAGCAUAAAAGAUGCAAAUAUUGUCUUGGAACUGGAUAUCUUGCUUGUGCUCGCUGUUCAAGCACGGGAGCGUUGGUUCUUAUUGAACCAGUAUCAACAAUAAGUGGUAGAGAUCAACCUCUGUCACCACCUAAAACAGAAAGAUGUUCAAAUUGUUCAGGCUCUGGAAAGGUUAUGUGCCCCACAUGCCUUUGUACUGGAAUGGCAAUGGCAAGUGAACACGACCCUCGGAUUGAUCCCUUCGACUAGAGCUGCGCCAUCAUUGCUGCCUCUCUUUUACUAUUUGAAUGUACAAUUUUGUUCCGUAGUUGUCUUUGUGACAACACAGUAAUAUUUGUAUGUACAAAAAGUUCAAAAAAUUGUGGAUAUCUAAAUGCCAAUAACUGUAACUAUAAAAUUAAAGUAACCAAAUAAAUUAAAUUACCUAACGUUGGCAUC